AUGUCGAUGCACUCUCAGACGUUGCAGCUUUCGCCACUGGAUUUAAUACCUCCAGGAUAUUAUACCCGAAUAGCGUUAUCAUUCAGAACUACAGAAUACGUUCAGCACCUGAACGAAAUAUGCCAAAAGAGUAUACCGUGGCUUGGAGGGAAAGUCCUCCCUACCACCACGAUAGACGACAAAAAGGAGCUGCAAGUAUGCUGGAACGAGGGGGAUUCACCAGAAAUCAAACACAUGGAUUCUUUACCAGGCUCUUACAUGGAUACAGCAGCAGCUGGUAUGCCAUUGACCACAAUACCGGAGGAUAAAUGGCCGUUAUCGAAUUUGAUCAACCACGAGAUUCGUCAAACCGGUGCACCUGUGUUGGCCAUUGGGGUUGUACCGUUUAGUGCUGGAGACGGAGUGGUUUUAUGUCUGUGCUUUCAUCAUAAUGUUGUUGAUGCUGGUGGUAUGGCAGAAGUGCUUCGGGUCUGGGCGAGCGUAAUAUGUGGAGAGUCUGCUCCUAUCUUUCCGAGCAUCAAUGACCGUGUCGGUCGACUCGGUGCUGCAUUGAGUGCUCAUACGGGGGCUACCCAGUUUGGGGAAUUGUUACCUGACAUCCUUUUGGCGUCACUUUCGGAAUAUACGCCUACCCCUCUGCAUUUUGUGGCAGAUCACUUUGCAAAUUGUACCUCUGCCGUACUCAAAGUCAGUCUCGUAAAGAUUGAACAACUCAAAACCAGACUGGCGGGGCAAACAACUUCUCCACUCACUGUAAAUACAAUUAUUUGCGCCUUUCUUUGGUGCAGCGUCACGCGUGUUCGUCAGAAAAGAGACACAACCCUUUUCUCAAGCGGAGAAAAGAGCAAAUUUGGUACAUCAGUCAACGGCCGGGCACGCAUUAAUCCAGACUUCGCCAAUCCCGGAAAGGAUUUCUAUUUUGGCAAUGUUUAUCUUUAUGCAUUGGCCGAACUAGAUGUGGACAGUGUUCAAGAAUCUCCGGCAGACGUUUUGUCAAAAUCCCUUCCACGCAUAUGCGAUGCAAUCGCCGCCUCAUAUUCCACCGAAAAGCUCAACACUAAUUACAUCUCAAGCCUACACCAUCUAAUAUCUUCUCACAUCAAUAAAUUACCCGCCGGACUUUUCCCCGCUUGGUCCAUCUCUAGCGGUCGUGAUUUGGCAAUCACAAGCUGGGCUAAUCUCGGGAUAUAUGAGAUGCGAUUUGGAGAUAUACUUGGUUACCCGGAAUUUGUACGACUACCUUUCGCGAAGCUUGAUAGUGCGGGGAUCGUUUUGCCGCGGAAAAGGUUGAUUGAAUCGGAUUUCAUGGAAGUAAUUGUCAUGUUGCGUGAAUGUGAUGUGCAGGCUCUCUCGGAGGAUGAGGUGUGGGCGGAGAUUGCAUAUUGA